AUGGAUUCUGAAAAUGCCAAAAGGGAGUUGUCCGAGGUACCUUCAAGGGACUUGGAACAACUGGAACAACCGGAGCAUCCCGGACCCCAUACACGGCGCACCAUCUCAGUGCGUCUCACAGCCCCGUCACGUCGCGGGACGCCCACAGAACGCCAAGAAACGACACCCUCUGUGUACCCUGUGUCCAAGAGCACAGAGGAGAAGGCGGCGAUCCAAAAGCGUGCUGAGGGCCGGGCCAAAGUCCCACAAAAAUUCAGGGACAGCUUCAAGCAUUUUUUUUUCUCGUCCACUGGAGUAUUGAAGAUCCUGAGAAUGGGUCUUAUUAUAGCAGCUUUAGCUUGUUUCUUGGUCGCUCAAGCCCAUGAGUGGUAUGUAGCAAUCACAGUUCUGGAAAUCUGCAUCGUCCUUGGUUUUAUUCUAAUAUAUUUGCUAACCCUUCACCGCUUGCUGACUUUUUUACAUUGGCCCUUACUAGAUCUUAUCAACAGUGUCAUUACAGCUGUGUUCCUUUUAGUAGUUGCCAUCUUGGCCAUGGAAGAAAAGAAAAGAAGGCAUUUAUUCUAUGUUGGAGGGUCCCUGUGUCUCACAGCGGCAAUCGUGUGUGCCAUCGAUGGGCUUGUGGUCACCAAGAUGAUGAGAAAUAACUUGAAAAGAAUCGUGGGAGUCCAAACUGAAACCAAGCAGUCCCGCGACCAGCCGCCCAAACUCCAACCUGCCCCGGAGCCCACGCCGGAGCCCACGCCGGAGCCCGCCCCAAAACCCGCCCACCAACCCGCCCCAGGGGCUUCCCGGAAACACGCCCCGAAAUCCACCCGGGCGCCCUCCCAGAAACGAGUCCCCAAACCGGUCAAACCCGUCCCAUCGUCCAGCUGAAGCCGGCGCUGGCGCCCGCGCAGAAUCUGCCCGGGCACCCUCGCGGGCACACGCGUCUGUGUCUAAUCACUCCCUCCACGCCCACCAUU